GCGGGCACUGCGUCAUCUGGCAAGGCAGUGGGCACCGAGUCACCAGGCACGACAGUGGGCUCCGAGUCAACUGGCAUGACUGCGGGCACUGGGUCAGACAUUGGACCGUCUGGCUCGACAGCGGGCAUCGGGUCACCAGGCAUCAGGUCAUUUGGCUCGAUAGCGGGCACCGCGUCAUCUGGCAAGGCAGUGGGCACUGAGUCACCAAGCACGACAGUGGGCUCUGAGUCAAUUGGCAUGACAGCGGGCACCGGGUCAUCAGGUACCGGAUCGUCUGGCUCGACAGCAGGCACCGGGUCAUCUGGCGCUGGAUCGUCGGGCUCGACAGCAGGCAUCGGGUCACCAGGCAUGACAGCGGGCACUGGGUCAUCAGGCAUUGGAUCGUCUGGCUCGACAGUGGGCAUCGGGUCACCAGGUAUUACAGCGGGCACUGGGUCAUCAGGCGUGAUAGGAUCAUCAGGCUGGACAUCAGGCUGGGUACAGACAUCAGGCUGAAGUGCGGGUGCCGAGGCACCAGGCUGAACCACGGAAGGCAGGUUCUCAG